AUGAAGCAAAGAAUCAGUGGUCUUGAUUUGAAGCUUUUGGCUAAAGAAUUAAGGGAAUCUCUGGAAUCUUACAGAUUGACAAAUAUUUACAAUGUGGCGGAUUCAAGUAAACAAUUCUUACUGAAGUUUGGGAAGCCAGACUCCAAACUCAAUGUCGUUGUAGACAGUGGUUCUAAGAUUCAUAUCACUACAUUUACCAGACACACUCCAGAGGCUCCCUCUGGUUUUGUUUCCAAAUUAAGAAAACAUCUAAAAAGCAAGCGUUUGACAGCAUUGAGACAAGUGCCAAAUGACAGAAUUCUGGUAUUCCAAUUUGCAGAUGGCCUCUACUAUUUGGUCCUAGAAUUUUUCAGUGCUGGUAACGUCAUGUUACUUGACGAGGAUCAGAGGAUUUUGAGUCUUCAAAGGAUUGUCUCUGAACAUGAGAACAAAGUUGGGGAGAAAUACGAAAUGUUUGAUAGAUCGUUAUUUGAUUCCGAAGUAGCCGAAGAUAUAGCAACUACAGAAUUUUCAACUGCAUUAAUAUCAUCCUGGUUGAAAACGGUAGAAGAAGAACAAACUAUAGCUUCUGGUAUCACAGCCGCUAGUUCGGAGAAGAAGAAAAGAAAGAAGGUUUCUAUCCAUAAAUUAUUGUUAAGGAAGGAGCCCCAAUUAUCGUCUGACUUACUUUCUAACAAUUUGAAAAAGGCUGGGAUAGAACCAUCAACUCGAUGUCUUGAAUUUCUAGGUAAAGAGCAAGAUAUUUCAUCACUUCUGACUGAAACACAAGAUGAAUACCUUCAAUUAAUAGAAGACAAAGAAAGGUGUGGCUAUAUUGUUGCCCAAAAAAAUGUUAAUUUUGAUCCCGAGAAACAUGAUAAAGAACUUGAGUUUAUAUACGAAAAUUUCCAUCCCUUCAAGCCUUUUAUUGAAGGGAAAGACCUAGACAAAUACCGCGUCAUUGAAAUAACUGGCGAAUACAAUAGAACUGUUGACACAUUCUUUUCUACCAUUGAAUCAAACAAAUUAGCGUUAAAAAUUCAAGGCCAAGAGGCUCAGGCACAAAAGAGGAUCAAGGAUGCUAGGUCAGAAAACGAGAAGAAAAUUAAGGCAUUGGUCGACAUUCAGUCAUCUAACGAACACAAGGCUGAACUUAUUAUCAAUAAUGCAGAAUCUGUAGAGCAGGCAAAGGCAGCUGUUCAGAACUUGAUUGAUCAACAGACAGAUUGGAGCACGAUUGAAAAGUUGAUUCAAAGCGAACAGAAGAAGGGGAAUAAGAUUGCGGAAAUGAUAGAAGUUCCAUUAAUGCUUAAAAAAAAUAAAAUUAACGUCAAACUUCCUUUAGAAAGUACACCAGAAGAAUCUACUGUAUAUAAGGACGAUGAGGAAUCGUCCGAUUCCAGUGAUAGUAGUGAUUCAUCAGAUUCAUCAGAUUCGUCUGAUUCCGACUUAGAUCUACACGAGAAUAAUCAGAAAUUAAAAUCUAGACGUAAAAAAAAGAGCACAACUCCCAAAACUGCAACAGUUACUAUUGAUUUGGCACUUUCCGCUUAUGCCAAUGCAUCGCAAUAUUUCAAUGUCAAGAAGACAGGUGCUGAGAAACAAAAAAAAGUUGAGAAGAAUCUUGAGAAGGCUAUGAAAAAUAUUGAAGUCAAAAUUGACCAACAAUUGAAGAAAAAGAUGAAAGAAACGCACAAAACCUUAAAAAAAAUUAGGAAUCCAUAUUUUUUUGAGAAGUAUAAUUGGUUUAUUUCAAGUGAGGGAUUCCUUGUAUUACAUGGAAAAAGUCCACUGGAAACCGACCAAAUAUACAGUAGAUAUAUUGAAGAUAAAGAUGUUUUCAUGUCAAAUAGCUUCGAUACCCAUGUCUGGAUUAAAAAUCCGGAUAACACUGAAAUACCACCGAACACCUUAAUGCAAGCAGGAGUAUUUUGUAUGUCUACUAGUACAGCCUGGUCCAAAAAAGUGUCUUCCUCUGCUUGGUGGUGCUAUGCAAGCAAUGUGUCUAAGUUCGAUGACCAUGACGGCGUUCUUCCUAAUGGUGUGUAUAGAAUUAAAAAUGAGCAAGAGAAAAAUCAAUUAUCACCCUCCCAAUUAGUUAUGGGUUUAGCAUUCCUAUGGAAAGUCAAGAGUGAAGAGUCAAUUGAUGAUGAGGAUGGCGAUCUGACCUCUGUUCAUGAGCAUGAUAACACCCAAAACUCCGUAAAGAAGGCUUCUAUUGAAGAACAAGUUCCAAGUAACAAUGGAAAAGAAAAUAUAUCCUCUUUACCUGAAAUAGAUGCUGAGAAUGCCAAUGACUUCUCCAAAUUAACUCCUAACGGAACUGAGUUUGCGUCUCCUGCAAACGAGGAGAUGGAUAAUGCUUCUGAUGAUGAGGAAGACAAUAUGAAGAGUGUUGCAACCACUGCAAUUUCGAAGAUGUCGAGAGGUGUUCGUGGUAAGAAAGGAAAAUUAAAGAAAAUGCAACGUAAGUAUGCUGACCAAGAUGAAGAGGAGCGUUUAAUGAGAUUAGAUGCCUUAGGAACACUAAAAGGUAUCGAGAGACAGGAAGAGAAGAUAAGGGCGGAAACUUUAAAACAAGAAGAAAGGGAUUACAAGAAGAAACAACGCGAGAAGCAGAUGCAGAAACAGGUAUUACAAUUUUCCUCUAAUGAGAAAGUACAUGUAAAUUACCAUGAUUUCAAGUGCGAACUGAAACCUUCAUUAGCAAGUGGUGAUGAAGUAGUUGAUGUUAUUCCGGUAUUUGCACCCUGGUCUGCUCUACUGAAGUACAAAUAUAAAGUCAAAAUCCAACCUGGAAGUGCUAAAAAGACGAAGUCCAUGACAGAAGUUUUGCGUUAUUUUAUGAGUCGGAAUAUGGAUAACGAUUCGGUAGAUAAAGAAAUGGAUUGGCCUAGCGAGCAUAAAUUCAUAAAAGCUAUUAAUGAAAGCGAUCUAAUCCCACUUCUGUGUGUCGAUAAACUUAACCUCUCUCUCCCCAACAGUAAUAAGACAAACACUAAAGGAGCUUCAGGAAAGCAAAAGUCGGCAAAAAAAUCUAAAAAGAGGAAGUAA